AUGAUCCGCUUCCUUAUCACAAUCAUGGGUAGAUUCAGAAGAAACAAAAAAGGCGGUUCCAACAAUGGCAAAUUUGGGAAACGGGACAACAAUCACAGAGGCUUUCACGAAUCUUGGAAAGAUAUUGAAAAGGAGAAUCCUAGGUGGGAGUCUUACUAUAAAGAGUUAGGGUUACUCUCUGAAGAGGAAUUCGAAGUAUUCAAGAAAUCCUGUCAACAAACUCUACCCCUUACUUUUAGAAUCACAGGCACCAGAAAACAUGCCUCAGAGAUUCGUGAUAUUUUUGAACAGAAGCACCUUCCAAACCUGACUAAUCUGAACAUUGAGGGAUACGAAGAUUAUUCACCUCCAAAAUCUCUACCAUGGUAUCCAAAUCAUCUUGGAUGGCAGAUUGACCUCCCCAAAGGAGUUAUUAAGAAGAAUCCAGACUAUGCAAAAACACAAAGAUUUUUGGUUAUAGAAACUGAUGUGGGUAAUAUUUCACGUCAAGAAGCUGUCUCUAUGAUACCUCCCUUAGUUCUUGAUGUUAAGCCACAUCACUAUGUUUUGGACAUGUGUGCAGCACCAGGUUCCAAGACUUCUCAACUAGUUGAAGCAUUGCAUGCUGAAGACAAAGAGCCGUCUGGGUUUGUUAUGGCUAACGAUUCAGACUAUAAAAGAUCUCAUAUGUUGGUGCAUCAAGUUAAGAGACUGAAUUCUGCCAAUUUUAUCGUCGUGAACCACGAUGCUCAAAUGUUUCCAAAGAUGAAACUAACUCCAGAGUCUCAGGAAUACAUCAAAUUCGACCGAGUUUUAUGUGAUGUUCCAUGCACAGGGGAUGCGACCAUGAGAAAGAAUAUCAAUGUAUGGACCAACUGGACUCCUGGAAACGCCAUUGGACUUCAUCCUCUUCAACUUAAUAUUUUGAACAGAGGAAUACAAUUGCUGCAGCGCGGAGGCCGUCUAGUCUACUCGACAUGUUCUUUGAAUCCUAUUGAAAACGAAGCUGUAGUCGCUGCAGCUUUAAGACAGUGGGGUGAUCAGAUUCGUCUUGUCGACUGUAGUGAUCGUCUUCCGGGAUUGAAAAGAGUUCCAGGUAUUUCCAAUUGGAAAGUGUUCGGGAAGGAUAUGGAACUCAGAGAAAAGGGAGCUGAUGAUAUUCAUGCUACUGUGUUCCCUCCAACAGAGGAGGAGGCCAAAAACUUCAACUUGGACAGAUGCAUUAGAGUUUAUCCGCACUUACAAAACACCGGUGGGUUCUUCAUCACCGUUUUUGAAAAGAUCGAUAAGAAUUCUAUCGGUGAAAAGAGAAAGGAACAACCAGACGAAGAGGCGGAGAAGAAACAAAAAGUUGAUAACAAUACUUCGGUCAACCCAGUUAAAAAGCAGCGGUUACCAAGAGAUGCUAAUGAAGAGCCAUUCAAUUUUCUGGACCCAGCCAAUGAGCAACUGCAAAAAUGCUGGGAAUUUUAUGGAUUUGAUGACAAGUUCGACCGAACAUGCACGUUGGUUAGAAACGCCACAGGUGAUCCAAUUAGAACCAUUUACUACGUUGCACCAGUAGUAAAGAAUGUCAUCCAAACUAAUGAGACCAGAUUAAAGUUGGUCCACUCAGGAGUGAAGCUUUUCGUGGCUCAAAAAUCAGAGCACACAUGUCCCUGGAGGCUCCAGAAUGAGAGCUUAUCGAUUAUAAAGAAACAUAUCUCCAAAGAAAGAGUGUUUGAGUGCAAUCUUGAUGUCUUACUGAUUUUGUUGCAAGAAGGGUUCCCAAACAUCAAUGGCAUUAAAGAGAAAGAACUAGAUGUUGAGUUCAUAAAGCAGAUUGAAAACACUGACGAGGGUUGCUGUCUGAUCAAUGUUGUUAGGAAAAACCCGAAUGAGGAAGCUUUGUUCUUGCCUUUAUGGAAGGGAAAAAGUAACUUUAACCUAAUGGUUUCGAAACAGGAAACAUUCGAGUUGUUGUAUAGAAUCUACGGAAUUGAGACAGAAAAGCAAUCUCAAGCUAAAGUUGUCCAGGAGGAGCCAGAAUCUCAGGGUAAGGAGACACCAAUCCAGGAGGCUGCUGAGACCGCUGCUGAGAAUCCUUCUGAACCCAUCGAAAAUGCCGAACCUGCCGAGCCCAAGAAAUCUACCGAGCCUGUUCAAUCGGCCGAGUAA